CCAAUUCAACAACAUCCGGGUAUUUCAAAUAUGGCGGCGCACUAACGACGCAAACUUAGUUUAUGAAAAUAUUUAGUCUUAAGCUCGAAAAGAGAGACAAAAAUGUCAGACUCUGAGGCAAAAGAAAUUUCUGGGAAAGAAAAGGACCAAAAGGAAGAGAAGGAGAGGGACAGCACAAAGUCUCCGAAGAAAACACCGCCUGGUUCAGCAAAGGGUAGCUCUAAAGGCAGUGCUAAAGGCAGUGCAAGGAAGCCAUCCAGUCCUAAAUCUGGAACUAUUACACCAAAGAGUCCUGCACCUAAAUUAGGAAGAGGCACUCCACAGAAAGGAAAGAAAAAGGAGGAUUCCAAAGCUGAAACACCUGCCCCACCUGAGGAGGAAAAUACAGGUCCCCCAGAAAAUGUGGUGCCAAUAUUUUUAGCAUCUAAGACCCAGGCCAUAUAUCACUGUGUGUGUGAUGAGGAUGUUACAAAAGACAACCCCUUCAAAAUAGUAACAAAGGAAGAGAUUCUGGAGGACUUACAUAACAGAGCUGCCAUCUGUGACUUCCAUCCUUUUAAAGAUAAAAUCAUUAAUUACCCAGGUACAGAGCUGCUGCUAGUGUAUGACUAUGAUUUCAAGUAUGGUCAGAAUUUCUGCAUCGCCCUAACAGAGGAAGCAAAGGAAUUACUGCUCAAUCCCCCAGGUCAGGAAGGAGAAGGUGGUGAAGAAGGGGCCCAGGAGGAAGAAGAUACCACUGUGUACAAGUAUGUACCCCCAGAGUCAAAGGAGUGGAUCUCUCUGGGCAGUGAGAAGGAUAUCAAAGAAGAGUCAGUGGCUGAAAUGAGGAGACGGUUGAAAGUUUCUGUGAGAAGGAAGCGUCGGCUUUUUGGUGCACCAUGUGAAUUCAAAGACAGAAAUGUUGGUGAUGCUAAAGAUGGUUACAUUGAGUGUACAUCAUACAAGGAUAAAACAUAUGAUCUAAAGAAGAUUGAACUUGACAAAGGAACACAGGCAAUCCCAUGGUUCCAAGACUCUGGUACUCAAACAGAAUGGAAGUAUCCGAGGAAUGCAAACACACAGUACUAUCCACGGGAAUUCUCUCAGAAAGAACAGGAAGAUAUACUCAACAAGAAAGAAACUGUCAACUUUGUUGAAAGUGUUGGUCCAAGGUUUGAGUUGGCACUACAGCAGAAUGAGAUUAUGGACGUGUUUUUCAUAGACUGGUUACAUCUUGGCAAUGCAGACGACACUUUUGGUAGCAAAGCUGACAAUCAUUUGAAAGAGUACCAGUCUUUCACAGACUUGCAGUUUAGUAAAGAGAAAAAGAUAACAUGUAUUCAAUGGCAUCCAACAAUAAAGGGUGUUGUAGCUGUCGCCAUUGCGGAGAAACUGAGCUUUGAUGAGAGAAUAGAUAAUGCUGCUAAAGUGAUCAUGACUCCAUCUUUGAUAUUAAUAUGGAGUUUUACAGAUCCUAUACACCCACAGUUGUUACUGGAAGCACCAGAUGACAUCUAUAGUUUCCAGUUUUCACCAUCUGAUCCAAAUAUUAUAGCUGGAGGCUGUCAGAAUGGACAGCUUGUAUUGUGGGAUAUAUCUGCACACGCUGACAGGCUUAAACAACCUAGAGGUGGCAACAGGAAUAAAAAAGCAACAGUACUGCCUGGAUUUGAGGAUCCUAAUGCACUGAAGACACCUAUUGUACGUUACUGUGCUGUAUCUAGUAUAGAGAACAGCCAUCACCAACCAAUCACAGAUCUACAAUGGCUCCCUGAUCAUAUGGAGAUAAACAGGAUGGGAGUUCCACAAGAAAACAAGAGCUUUCAGUGUUGUCAGAUAUUCACAUGUGCUACUGAUAAUUGUGUCCUUGUUUGGGAUACAAGACCACCAAAGGGGCCUCAACAACAACAACAGGGAACAAAGGAAAAACAAGGACCAAAGAACCCUAUGGGAGUUCCAGAUACAUUUAAACAUUUAGAUCUCACUUGGAAACCUAUGCUAAGGGUACAUUUGCACAAGUCUGAGCCGGGAGGUGAUCAUGCUCCAACCAAAUUCUCGAUAGCAGAGUCACAGGGUGAAAGGGGAGCUUUAUCAAAAGCAACAGAAGGUGGGGUACCAGAUAAGGAAGCAAGUGUUACUGGUGGCUAUUACCAGACUGGGAAACCAGGAUCUGGCAAGGAAAAGAGGACCUUACAAAGUGUCAAAACCCACUUCUAUGUUGGCUCAGAGGAUGGAGAGAUUGUUUAUGUAGACUGGAUGCCUCAGAAAGAUCAGGACACUGGAAAAAUACAAACUCCGAAGCCUGACUUUUACCACACGGUGCAUGAUGGUCCAGUAUCAACAGUUCAGAGGUCACCGUUUUUCAAGGAUGUUGUUCUGUGUGUGGGUGGUUGGAAUUUUACAAUCUGGAAGGAAGGAUUAAUUAUAGACAAGAAUAAUCCUAAUGCAGCAGAGAUGGCCAAAUUGAUAGAUCCUAUGGAAAAUGAGGCAAUGAAGUCUGGACCUAUAUUGCAAUCAGCACCUAAUCCUGUACGACUGACAGCUGGUCACUGGUCUCCGUCCCGUCCUGGUGUGUUCUACAUCUCUAAGGUGGAUGGUAGUGUGGAUGUAUGGGACUUGUUAGACAAGACACAUGAACCUUCAAUCACCCAGAGUGUGUCACCUGUUGCAAUCACAUCCAUUUAUCCAUUUGCUGUUUCCCAUAAGCAGCAUUUACUAGCUGUAGGUGAUAAUGCAGGAACACUACAUAUCCUUGAGAUACCAUGGAGUCUGAGACUGUCUACACCUAAUGAGCUUACUGGAGUAGCAAACUAUAUAGAACGGGAGGUAAAGAGGCGAUCAUUUGUUGUACAAAGAUGGGACUUCAGAGAAACAGAAAAGCGUGAACUGGAGGCCGAGGCUAAAAGAAAAGCUGGUAUUGCACCGAAUGUUAUCCUGACAGAUGAAGAGAUUGAGUAUCGUCAGAAAAUGGAAUAUCAGGCAUAUGUUGAAGUGGAGACUAACUUCCUGCGCGAACUAGGAAUACUUAAAGAAGACGAUCCACUACCAGAAACGUAGUCUGCAUUUAUACAGCCAUUACUCGUGUAUUUUGGAGGAACUUACUUCAUUUUGAUGGACAAGAAUGACCGUGACUAAGAACUGCAAAUAAUUUAUAUGUGAUGUUUCAUCUAGAUGCAGAGUACUUUUACCUUAGCAGACAUUAAAUGGAAUAUUAAAAAUAGAAAACAGCAAUGAAUAUGUAUCUGAUUUUUUUUUAUGGCAAAAUGUCACUGCAUAAGAUCUGUUUCCGUCCAUUACAUGUAAUUCUGUGAUAUAGUAAAUUCUGUACAUUUGUGCUUAUGUAAAUAGUAGAUCUGGUUGAAAUAUCUGUGUUAUUUAUGAAGAUAAACUGUUGUUGAUUGUUAUGCAUAUGUAUAAAAUUGUAUUUUCAUAUAACUUAAAAUUUUUCAUUUCUCUGGGCAUGACAGUGUGCUGAGAGAUGGAAGCAAAAAAAAGAGAAAAAUACAACAUGUCAAAAACAGCUUUUAUUAUAUGAAUAAACAUCUGAAAUAACA